CCCCGAUAUUACUUUUAGUCUUAAGUUAGUAUUAUUGAUCCAAAAUAUUCCUUCCUUCCCUGGCUUCCCUUCCCUUCCCUUCCCUCGGUAUAGACCAAUCCAUUUCGAGCCAGGUCCUCGACGGCCUUUUCCUCUUUAUAUCUGGUCCACCCUGUCCUUUGUCCUCCACGUAUUUCUCCCUCGCGCAUCCAUCUCUCCCUCGUAAACAAACCCGCAAUAGGACAUCUCCUGUCUAUUUGAACGUUACUGCAGCACACCACUUCGGCCUGGAAACCAUCGACGAAUCACGCCCCUCCCCUCACCUUGAUCCGUUGCGUUUCCCCUGGAUCGCACACCAAUCGGCUCAGCUCCCACCUCAUCCAAAAGCCAAAGCCCAACCCCCCUAUCUGCCCUGCAGAUCUCUCAAAACCUCCGAAGAACAUCGUCACAGCCUGCCAUCCAGGCUCAAAGUACUGUGAUACUCGAGCUCGCGCAACACACCGGCAUAGAUCCGAGAGAGAACUGGUGGAGCGCGACGCCUGAGCAGAGCUUCGACCAGGCCAAUCCGUUAUCAAUUGCGCACGGCAUCACGAUAAGCCAGUCCCUUGACUCCUCGUGUUGAUCGUUCGGAGGCGCCCGCAUUCAACCCCUCACUGACCAGACUGACCUACCACUCCCACUCUACGCCCACCUUCCCUUUCCAUCAUGGGAAUCUUCUCCCGCAAACAAAAGCCAAUGUCUGGUUCUACGACUUCUGGAAACUCUCUUGAGAACGCUUCGACAUCUUCACAAUCCUCUCUCAAAUCGCCAAAUACACCAGUCUUUACCAAGAUGGGCCCGAAUAUACCCAAGAUCCCCAUGCCCAAGGCCCCAGAUCCACAUGUCGAUGCGGCGGGGUACCUGCGAAGUAUUGGCGCAGUGAGGGAACGCUGCUCAAUAGUAUUGCGAAAGGCAAAAAGGAACCAAUUGAAUCACUUCGAUGUUGAUAUGGAAAAGUUCCAGGACACGACCAACUUCGUUGUCUCUGUUAUCAAGCGCGACUUUGCUCCAGAUUAUGCAAGUAUUCCUCCUCACGGACGAUGGCAGCACUUUAAUGUUGGCGGACGAGACCGAAUCGCGGCAAUGUUAGAGAGCUGGGGGAGCGAGACAGAUCCUUCCGAACGUUGUCGCAGACUCUUGGACCUCUUCCUUGUUUCUGUUCUCCUAGAUGCCGGUGCAGGAAACAGUUGGUCGUACAAGAGCAGAGAGGAUGGGAAAACAUAUAGACGCAGUGAGGGUUUGGCAAUCGCAAGCUUAGAAAUGUUCAAAGCCGGAAAGUUUAGCAGCAACCAGAGCCAGCCACAUCAAGUUGACGGAGAGGGUUUGAGGACGUUGACCGUCGAGGUUAUGGCAGAGGGAUUACAAGUAUCAGAACAGAACCCAAUUGCCGGAUUGGAGGGACGGACAGGACUAUUGAUGAGACUUGCAAAUGCAUUAAACAACCAGGCACUCUUUGGUGCAGAUGCGAGACCAGGAAAUAUGCUCGACUACCUCAUUUCUCAUCCCUCAACUCAAGCUUCCUCCAUUCCUAUCGUUCCUCUCCCAACGCUUUGGUCGGUUCUCAUUGACGGACUGGCACCAAUUUGGCCUCCAUCUCGUACAACACUCGACAACACCUCCCUGGGCGAUGCCUGGCCACUCUCCACUCUCCCAGUAACACCAGCCACUGCCCCUUGGGAGACAAUAGUCCCCUUCCACAAACUCACACAAUGGCUUUGCUACUCGCUUAUGCAACCUAUGACCAAACUCAUCCACAUCCAUUUCGCAGGUGCGGAACUCAUGACUGGCCUGCCUGAGUACCGGAAUGGCGGCCUUUUUAUCGAUACGGGAUUACUUACGUUGAAGCCAGACGAUGAGAAGAGAGGGUUGGCCACUUUUAAGGAAGAGGGUGCUAAGAGUGGUAAGGGAAGCAUAGAAGUAGUGCCCAUGUUCACUCCAGAUGAUGAUGUGGUCGUUGAGUGGCGAGCAGUGACUGUUGGCUUCUUGGAUUUGUUACUCGAGGAAGUGAAUAAGAAGCUAGAUCUGGAGGGCCCUGAUAGAUUGACGCUACCGCAGAUGCUAGAGGCUGGUAGUUGGAAAGGAGGACGAGAAAUGGCGGAGAUAUCACGCCCAAAUACCCAGUGCCCGCCGAUUGCUAUCUUAAGCGAUGGAACGGUGUUUUGAGCACAAUGCAGCACUUUCGCUUUGCCACAAAUUCCUGGCAAGAUUCAAAAAUAUAUUGUCAGAGAAUGAGCAUUUUGCACUUAUUGCAUGGCAAAACCAGCAAUUUUACACACUUGCGUCCAUUGAAGGAAGGGAUGGAGUGAGCUUUUACGUUUCUACGAAGUUGCAAUGGGCAUCUGCUAGGUCAUGACAUGAAAGUGAAGCAAGAAUAUUUGCCUAGCUCUACCAGAUAUACUUUUAAUACAGGCGAGACUUUCUCCAAGAUGAAAAUCCUGGCAUAGGACUGUUUUAAUCUGACAUUGUGAAACAUC